UCUUGUCUCUCUUGUGCAGGACCGGGAACCAGUGAGUCCAGUUCCAGGCCUCACACUAGGUGAGGCCAAAGAAGUUUGGAGGAAUGCUGCCCACCCCGCUCUCCAGAACAGGCACAAGGACCUGGCGUGGAUGGUAGCUCAUGAGAUCCUCCCGGUCAGGGCGGUUAUGCACUCCAGAGGCAUGGCCAAAAAUGCAAUCUGCCCCCGGUCCGGGUGUAAAAACCCGGAGACCGUAAGACACCUGCUCUGGGAGUGCGGCGCUGCGCGGGACCUGUGGGCCACGACCGGCCCCCUGUAUUUCCCGUGCCUGCCAGUGGGUGGGGUCCAGGUGGAUUACAAGCUCGCCAUCCUUGGCGUGGGCCGGGGCUGGAAGGACUGUACAGCACAACAAUUUACCUCGCUCUGGCUCACCUUCAAUGCAAUCAAGGAUGCCAUCUGGACCACAAGAAACCUGCUGGUACUUCUAAUUACCUACAAUCGAAACAGGAGUCGUCUGAAUUUAAAUGCAGAUAGUUGGAUCACCAUCGUCAGUCUGAUUAUUUCUGGAAUAACAGAGUCAGAUUUGGGGCUUUAUUUCUGUGGAACUAAAUCUGACUCACCAAACCUGCUCUUCGACAAAGCCAUCAAAGUACAAACACAAGACAACAUAAGAGAACUGUCAAAAGAAGAUCUGAUCACAGAUGACCUGACAGUAAAAGAGCGAGUGUUGAUGUUUGGUGGCGUUGGACUUGCUAUUCUUAUGUUUUUUUUGGCUACAAUCACCGUAGGUGGAAUCAUUCACCGUCAUGGUUGGCAAAAAGGCUGGACCGUAGGGAAAGAUGCAACUGCACUUAAUUCUGAUUAACAAUCAGCUAAAGCAGAUUUACAUAUUUAGUCUUACUAUUAUAACCCCGAGCUUAGCACUGCAAAUACAAUGUGUAGGUUAAUGGCUAUGUUCAAGGGCGUAGAUUUGGCUUGAACAUUGGGGGGUUGCAGCAUGAAGCAUUUGCAUGUUUCCAUUGAUCAUGGUUUAAAUAACUGUUUAUUUUGAUUAUUGGUGGGUUUAACCCCUCCCAGAAUCUAUGCUAUGUUAUUACUGAAAUGCAAAACACUCACUGGAGGAGGUGGAUAAAAUGUGGCUCAGAUUUCCUGUUAGUCAAUUUGCAAUUACUUUCACUUCAGAGGAAUUCAGAUGUUUUGUGGCAACUGUUGCCUUUGUGUGCAGUGAAGCUCAAACAAUCAUAUCCAUUUGUGGUUUUGGUUAUUAUUCAGUUCAGUAGCAAUCGUGCAAUCUGUAAAUGUCACCUAUGUCAUCUCUCUUUUUUGUAACAUAAAACUUUAUUAAAUAAAAGGUGAAUGUUACUCAAAAUCAAAUCAAAUCAAAUCACUUUAUUGUCACACAGCCAUAUACACAAGUGCAAUGGUGUGUGAAAUUCUUGGGUGCAGUUCCGAUCAACAUAGCAGUCGUGACAGUGAUGAGACAUAUACCAAUUUACAAUAACAUCAAAUUAACACAGCACAAUUUAAACAUCUGUUAUACACAUAAUUAAACACACAACAGUAUACAAAUAAUAACAUACACUGUACAGUAUACAAUACACACAAUAUAGAUACACAUUAUUCAAUAAAAAUAAAAAAGUAUAUAUAGAAUGUACUGUAUUGUACUGUAUUGACACUCAGGCUGUCGGUUGAUAGUCAGUUGUUAAGAGAGAAUAUAAUAUAAUAAUAAUAUAAUUUAUGACAGUCUGAUGUGAGAUAUAAGAGUAAGGGUAAUAAAGUGCAGUGCUGAUGUAUAUUGAUCAUG